GGGGCGCACAUCAAUCUGUUCUUUCUGGAUUUUAGAGGAAACAUUUUUUUUCAGUCACUUUCUGCGUCUGUUCAUUUCUGUCCAGUUCUUUUUUUCAUCUUUUCUUGCAUUGAAUCACAACAAUUACCGUUGAGUACGUUUACCUCAGUAAGGCGCACAUGGAGCCCUACACGGUCCCUGGAGCGCAGCUCUCUCUGUCCGACCUGUACUACCCCUUUAACGUUUCCAUCCCGGGGGAAGCCGAGCUGAACUCCUCGGAGCCGGAGAGCCCGGUGAGGAGCGCCGAGGGGAUGAUCAUCCCCGUGUCCAUCACUGCGCUCUACUCGGUCAUUUGCGUCGUGGGACUGCUGGGCAACGUGCUCGUCAUGUACGGCGUGGUCAGAUACACCAAGAUGAAGACUGCCACAAACAUCUACAUCUUUAACCUUGCCCUCGCCGAUGCCCUGGCCACCAGCACGCUGCCUUUCCAGAGCGCAAAAUACCUCAUGAACACCUGGCCCUUUGGGGAAGCCCUGUGCAAGCUCAUCAUUGCCAUUGACUACUACAACAUGUUCACGAGUAUCUUCACCCUGACUAUGAUGAGUGUGGACCGCUACAUCGCUGUGUGCCAUCCUGUGAAGGCAUUGGGCUUUCGGACACCAGUCAAAGCUAAGAUGAUCAACGUCUUGAUCUGGGUCUUGUCUUCUGCAAUUGGCGUGCCUGUUAUGUUUAUGGCUGUGACCAGAGUGUCAGAGGCUGGUAACAUUACAUGCAUGUUGAAAUUUCCUGAUCCUGACUGGUACUGGGACACCGUGACUAAGAUUUGCGUUUUCAUCUUUGCCUUUGUGGUCCCUGUGAUGGUCAUCACCAUUUGUUAUGGCCUGAUGAUACUGCGUCUGAGGAGCGUUCGUCUGCUCUCAGGCUCCAAGGAAAAAGACCGCAACAUGCGGCGAAUCACCCGUAUGGUCCUGGUGGUGGUGGCAGCCUUCAUCAUUUGCUGGACCCCCAUCCACAUUUUUAUCAUCGUAAGGACAAUGGUGGAGAUCAACACCAGGAAUCCUUUUGUAAUAGCUAGCUGGCACUUGUGCAUUGCCUUGGGCUACACCAACAGCAGCCUUAAUCCUGUCCUCUAUGCAUUUUUGGAUGAAAAUUUCAAGCGAUGCUUCAGGGAUUUCUGCAUGCCCUGUCGAACGCACAUGGAGCAGAACAGUGUGACCAGUGCCCGCAACACCACCAGGGAGCCGGUGUCUGUCUGUGGUCCGACGGAGGAAGCAAGGAAGCCUGCAUGACUAGCAAUGGUGAGGGCCCCCCAUAGCUGUAACAUGGGGAGGAUCCAUCAAAAUCCACAAUCCCACGAUACCCUGAUCACCACAACUGAGUUUUGAUAGAUUGUUACAUGGAACAACACAGUAGAGACACUUAUUCUCCCCAGUGCAAAUACAAACUACUAGGGUGGAAAAAAAAGAAUAUCUGAGCUCACUAUCCACAAAAGUGGGUAUGUUUCUUUUCUGAAGUAAAUGUGAUGCCACUGAAGCACAGUAAUUUUGACAGAUUGUCCAAAGCCCAUCAUCAGAUAAUAAAACUGACUGUUUUCAGUUUACGGCUCAGAGUAAGACAGCAGAAGAGUUCAAGAAAACUUCAAGAAAACAGCAACAGCUGGUACACUCAGUCAAAAACAAUUGCCUUGGCAUGCAAGAAGAAAAACAAUUUCAGGAGUUUUGACAUUAACAAAUAAAGUGAGAAAUACACAGAAGACCAAACCAAUGAUGACUAGGUGAUGAGUUCGGUGCUUGGAUUUGGACAGUGUAUGGAUUUGGACAAGUUUCUUCAAGAAAGGAGGUCACAAUGAAUUAUGCUGCAGGAGAACUAGAGAUGAGAGGAUUUAAAAGUAUUUCUUGACAGAUAUUUAGGAAAAUAAUCAUGAUCGUGAUGAUGGUUGCUUUUAGCUUGGAUGGAAAGAAAGAAAAGAUACGCAUCAAAAAAAUUUAUGUGCUUGGAUUUCUUUUGACCUACUUUGGGAUACCUGCUUUUUCUUCCUCACUGUCUUAUGAUAUGAAAUAUUGCCAAUAUUCAAGCACUGGAGACCACCAUUGGCAGCCUCAACAACAAGGUCUGAAUGCAUGUAGAGCCAUACCUUUGAUGUUGUCAACGGUAUUCUGUUCAAUUACUUCCCAAUGAUAAUAAUUAGAAAACAGAUCUGUCAUCUCUCUUGCUGAAUAUCAGUUGGACCCUUUAGGAGAGUGGUGUGGUAUUCAUUAAAGUAGUGAGUCACACUGGGACUCAACUAAUCAUCAUUUGAAUCAAACUGGAGACAGCAUUCAAAGAAGCCAAGAUGAUGAUAAUAAAUGAUGAAUUUACCUCAGUAGAUAUGGAUUACAGGAGAGGUAAUGUGGGUUUUCUUGCAAGCAUGUAAGAUUAUAUCAUAUGUUCAAUAUGUAUAAUUAUGACAUAGAGAGUCAGGUAUUUUGAAGAAAUAAAACACAUCUGAACUAUUUUUUAGCCCUGCAAAGGUUUUUAGACCAGUUUACUCUUUUACUCUUUUCCCAUUGUGUUGCACUUCAACCACUAUAUAUAUUUUCUUGGGGUUUAAUGUGAUCGACCAACACAUAUCUGAAAAUGGAUUAACAUACAGCAUAAAGUACUUUGAGGUAUGUAUUUCCAACAUUGCACAACUGUAAAACAGUUCAUGUUCAAUAAGAAGGAAUGGAGAGCAUCUGUCUCACCAGAGAGUCUCAAUUUGAUUUGUUUCUGAACUUUACUGGGCUAUUCUAACACAUGAAGAUUUGAAACCACUUUUGUAUUUUUGUGUGUAUAUUUAGAACCUUCACCCAGCCUCUGCCUCUAACAGGCUUUCCUCCAGCAACAUCCUGUUUUAGCUCCAACCAAAUUCCUAACUGUGAACAGAUUACUUUUCACUGCUGAAGAAAAGCACCCCCAAAGCAUGACACUGUCAUAACCAUAUGUUACCAUGGGGACAGUGUGUUUUGGGUGUAGUGUUAUUUUGGCUCCACACAGUGUUUUUGAUGUUGGUCAAAAGGUUCAGCUUUGGCCCUUAACUGACCAGAACAUCAUCUUCACAUGUUUGUUGUAUCUUCUGCAUUGCUUGUAGCAAACUGCAAACAAUUUGCUACCAGCAAUCUUAGGGCUUUCAUUUGACAAUGAUUUUCUCCUUGGAAGUAUUUCAUAAAGACCAAAUUGUGAAGUGCAUGAAUAAUAUUGUCAUAUGAACAGGUUCUCCCACCUGAGCUGUGGAUUUCUACAACUACUCUGUGUUACCAUUGGCCCUUAAGGCAGCUUCUGUAAUUCAGGCUCUCUCCUAGCCUAUCAGAGUUGGUGAGUUUGCAGUCUUAGUGAGUUUCCAGUUGUGUCAUAUUCUUUCCAUUUUAAGUUGGUGGAUGAACAAAUCUUCAUAAGAUAUAUUCAUAAAGCGUAUUGUUUUAUACCCUAACCUUGCUUUAAAUCGCUCCUUGUUUUCGACGGUCUUCAUACAGUUUGUUCAGUGAUGUACUCUCACAAACCACCGAGGCCCUGUUUACACAACACCGUUUUCUGGUGAAAACUGAAAUUUGUGCCAUUUUCUCAAAAAAUAGCACAAAUUGAGAACGAGUUCCAUAGAGUGAAGGCUUAAAUACGUCCCAGUACCUACUGUUGAAUAGAUUGGAAAACAUUUAUCUUUCUUAUGGGUAAGCCCUGGCCCAUUUGCACUAUGACUAAAAUGAGUAGAAAUUAAUGCGCUUGCGCACAAUCUAACGGCUGCCAACCAGUUUAAACCCACAGAAGAAAGUCCUCGAGGACUGGUGUUUGGCAUCUGUGGUGUUUCGGAUAAAAUCUUAAUAAAAUACAUCUAUAUUGUUUGCUGUAAUUUGAAAAAAUGUGGAAAAAGUUAGAGAUUGUGAAAACAUAGAAAGAUAACCAACAAAAGAAAA